GAAAACGUUCUGACCAGCUCCACGCUCUGACCUUCGCCGUGCUCUACAUUUGAGACAUCACACCAUGUUGAGCACUGACCAAGUCUCUCCUGAGAGGUGGGGUGCUCCCCUCGGCACCUUCGCCGAUCCCGCUGCCCUUGGGCACUUCGGCGGCUCACUCUACGAGGCAAGCCUCACCUGUUUGAAGUGCGGCAAGAGCAUCCAGAUGGAUUCGCUGUUCUGUCGAUAUUGCGGCCACAAGAAGGAUCAACCCGUAGGGGCUGAUGCCUUUGCCUUGACCAAUGGCCUCACGCCUGGCGCGCCUGAUCGCAGGCCAGAGGCUGCCAUGACUGCCCACUUCCCAACGUUGGACGCUCUGGGCCGCAGUGAGCAGCCCCGAGGGGGAGGUCUCGACAAGCCGCCCUAUAUGCCACCCAUCGAGGUGUCACAUCCCGCAGGCAGUGCGAUGGCGGCACGCCCGGGUCCUGGAGCUGCAGGACUCGUUGCAGGCAGCUUGCCCAUGACCACGGUCGUCGGCCUGGGCAGCUUGGAGUCUUAUCCUGGUCUGGAGCCUUAUCCUGGUCUGGAACCAUAUCCCACCCUUGGAGUUGACGCGAGAUCCGCUAGACAUCCCGCAGGUGAGGGUGACUCGGAAGCACGCCGUGAUCGUGAGCACACCGAGGAGGCGGCGAGGUCGUACGGCUUCCCGACUGGAGGCAGUUUCGUGGCGGAGCCUUUUCAUGAUGGUCAACCCGCCUAUUCCAGUUCCUCACGGAGGCCUCCGGAGCGAAGCAACGACGAGAGGUCUAGAGGAGUGGAAGGCCCAUCAGGUCCUCACUUGCAUGACCUGGAGAUCCGAGGCAGCUCCAUGCCGAACGGCUUUCCCGCGUACCCGGCCAGUGGGCGCGGAGACACCUACUCAGGUGGACAGAUGUCCUUCGGCCCUCCUCCAGGUGUACCAGGCGUUCCAGGAGGUGUUCUUGGAGACCCCAUGAGGUACCCCUACGCAUCUGGGGCCGCACCCACGAGCAGCGCCUAUGGCGCUCAGAGCGAUGGUCUCUAUCCUACGAGGAUGCCGCCGCCCUUACCCUCCUACGCAGGUCUGGCAGAUCCAUUGGACCCAGGCUUUGCCAUGGGACGGGGAGUAGGUGCAGGGCCGCCGCCCUUGGGCCCUGGGCCAGUUCCGCCGGGCUUUGGGCUCUAUGGGAUGCCAGGUCCACCUCCCGGUGGGUUCUUCCACUUUCCAGCCACGGGCUCCUUCGUAGCAGAUGCCUCAGUGCUGAGUGCAGGCCAUGAUGAGAAAGGCGCGCCCAAAGCAUGUGCGUCCAAGUCCGUUCAGGUCUCCCCCAUGGGCUCGCCGGUGAAUGCGCCGGACAAGCCCAAAGCCAAGUCAGCCAAGCCCAAGUCAUCGAGCGAAAAGAAGACCCGGCGAAGCUGCUGCUGAAGGCUUACUCCUGAGAGAGGACUGGAACCUCCGUCCAACCAAGACCUGUUUGACCGUCCCGACA